AUGCAAACCAGUUCCACCGACGGCAGCAUCCAAGAGGUGAACGUGAGCCCGUGCCCCACGCAGCCCUGCCAGCUCGUUAAGGGGACGUCCUACAGUAUCAACGUCACCUUCGCCAGCAAGAUCGACAGUCAGGGCAGCAAAGCGAAGGUGUACGGUGAGAUGCUGCGUGUGGACGUGCCCUUUCCCAUUCCGGAGCCUGAUGGAUGCAAGUCCGGGAUCCAGUGCCCCAUUCAGAAGGGCCAUUCCUACAGCUACCUGAACAAACUCCCUGUGAAGAGCGAGUACCCCAGUAUUAAACUGAUUGUGAAGUGGGAGCUGGUGGAUGACCAGGACCAGAUGUUGUUCUGCUGGAAGAUACCAGUUCAGAUCACCAGCUGAGGAGCCCUGACAUUAGUAGGGCUUGGGGAGAAAAAAAAAAAAAAGAAAGCAACACAGGCCAAAUUCUUUUAUACAAUAAGCAUUUCUUACUGCUUCCUUCAGAGCUCUCCAGCCUCUGAG